AUGGUCUCAGCUCUCUCAGCCGGUCUCGCCCUCCUCUUCGCCCUCCGGGCGGCUUCGGCGGCGACGGUCGCCGAACGUCAGGCCACGGGCGCCUCGGAAUGCCGCGACGUCCACGUCUUCCUCGCGCGCGGGAACAACGAGCCGUACCCCGGCCGCCAGGGCAAGCUCGUCACCGCCAUUUGCGACGGGCUCGACAGCUGCGACUACGAGGACAUCCAGUUCUGGAACCCGCUGGAGUCGCCGUACUGCCAGUCCGUCGAGGAGGGGGCCGCGAACGGGACCGCGCAGAUCACCGCCUACAACAAGCGGUGCCCGGACGCGAAGCUCGUCGUGAGCGGAUACUCCCAGGGCGCCCACAUCGUUGGCGAUGUGUUGGGCGGCGGAGGCGGCACGUUCUUCCAGGAAUGCAAACAGAAAACGAGUCCCGGCUUGGACGCGACGAAGGCGCCGGGGAACAAGAUCGCCGCUGCGCUCAUAUUCGGCGACACAAGACAUACCGCCAACCAGCCGUACAACUAUCUCUCGGGUGCCGGGGUCAACGGACUGUUCCCCCGUCCGGAGGACCAGCUUGCCGGGAUGAGGGCGUUCGCCAACGUGACGCGCUCGUACUGCGUCGAUUCCGACCCGAUCUGCGCCGGCGGCGACACGGCGGCCAACCACCUCAACUACUUUGACAUCUACUCCGGCGAGGCCGGGAAGUGGGUGCAGGAGAUGCGCAUCGUCGUCCACGAGGUCCACGGCUCCGAGCAGCACGUCUGCAACCCCUUCUGCCAGCGCGACAGCCACAACCGCCUCGGGUUCCGCUUCACCAACGACCGAACCACCAGCCACGGCGUCUCCAACGUCCGAUAA